AUGCAAAUAACACAUACAGAGGACACAACGAGACGGAAGUACCGGCAACUUGUCAGCCACUGGAUUGAAUCGAAUCAUGCCAACUUGGUAAUCCAAUUCGUCAAACGGGUUGCUUUUAUCCUUCCUGGUCGAACGGUACCAACUAAGCCGUUAUCCCUGACCCUGGCGAUAGGCCACAAUGCAAAGGGUGUAUGUAACCACCGAAAGAUACUUCUUAAACAUCCUCUUUGCCGUUGGUUGUACAGGCCUUAUCCUCCUCUGCUUUACAACCAAACUGGGGGCGCUCAACGAAAUGAGGCUGGAGAAGCUGCGCUACUCCACCAUUGGGCAAUGAGUGUACACCGAAAUGGACACUUUUGUUUAGGCCAACUGGUGGCUGGAAAGUCAUUCGAUUCCCAUUCCCAAUUUCCUUUGCGGGUGGAUAUCCUUGAAGCAUAUUUCAAUGUUAAUGUUUGCGCGUUUGUCCAUUGA